GUUCUGCCCCGUCGCAAUUCGGCCCCCGCGACUCGGCCAGAGCGGCGCUGGCAGAGGAGUGCCCGGCAGGAGGGCCAACGCCCGCUGUUCGGUUCGCAAUACGCAGCAGGGAGGUGGGCGGCAGCGGUGUCGGCUCCCAGAUUCCAAUGGAGCUUCCGGUGGGGAAGUCGGCGCUGGUGCUGUUGACCUUCUUGGCUCUGGCCUCGUGCUGCUUUGCUGCUUACCGCCCCAGUGAGACCCUGUGCGGCGGGGAGCUGGUGGACACCCUCCAGUUUGUCUGUGGGGACCGCGGCUUUUACUUCAGCAGGCCAGCCAGCCGGGCGAGCCGCCGCAGCCGGGGCAUCCGUGGCAUCGUGGAAGAGUGCUGUUUCCGCAGCUGCGACCUGGCGCUCCUGGAGACUUACUGUGCCACCCCCGCCAAGUCCGAGAGGGAUGUGUCGGCCCUUCCGACCGUGCUUCCGGACAACUUCCCCAGAUACCCCGUGGGCAAGUUCUUCCACUACGGCGCCUGGAUGCAGUCCGCCCAACGCCUGCGCAGGGGCCUGCCUGCCCUCCUGCGCGUCCGCCGGGGCCGAGUGCUGGCCAGGGAGCUGGAAGCCCUCAGGGAGGCCAAGCGUCACCGGCCCCUGAUCGCCCUGGCCACCCACGACCCAGCUGCCCGCGGGGGUGCCUCUCCAGAGGUGUCCAGCAAUCAGAAGUGAGCCAAACGGUCGUAAUUCUGCGCAAUGGCCCCCGCUCUUCCUGCAGCCCUCUCCACCGGCGGCCUCACCACCAGGCCCUCUGAAGCCUCUGCGUCGUCACCUGCCCGGCGCGCCCCCUGCCCCGCCCCCGCGCCCCGACCUCCCCACGUCAGGCUGCUCUGCUCGGCCCCUCCACCGGCCGAGGGUCGCGUCCCAACAGCUUCCAAAAUUCACGAAACCAAUUGGCUUUAAACACCCCCAAUUAUUCCCCCCAAACGUCUGCCAAAUUUCCCCCCCAAAAUCCCCCCAAAAUAUCCCUCCAAAUUAUCCCCCAAAAUAUCCCCCCAAAUUAUCCCCCCCAAAAAUAUCCCCCCAAAUUACACAACUAAAUUGGAAAACAACCUCCCCCCCACACACACAGACACACACCAGCCCCCUUAAAACUGAUUGGCUCUUCAAAAACACCAACAAAACAAAUUGGCCUUAAAAAAAAAACAAAACCCUAAAAAAAAAAUAAUUGGCUGAAAAUACACUAAAAAACAAAUUGGC